UCUUCACCUUCACCUUCAAUUCGCGUACGAAGCAACACCCUCUUCACCUUCACGUACGAAGCAACAAUUCGCAGCACCGUCCUCAGCAAAACCCACAGCGCCGUCCUCACCUUCAAUUCGCAGCAACCCAGCAACACCCACCCUCUUCACCUUCACGUACGAAGCAAAACCCCUCUCACCUUCACGAACGAAGAACCAAAACCCAGCGCCGUCCUCACCUUCGAUUCGCACCCAAAACGCAUCAACCCAGCGCCGUCCUCACCUUCGCAAGAACCAGCGCCGUCCUCUCUCUCAACUCACCACCAGCGCCGUCCUCUCUCUCACGAACCCUAACUCCAAAUCGAUUCAGGUUUGUGCAGCAUUUGUCCAGCUGAUUGAAGUCCGUCCGUCUGUCUUGGAGCCACAUCUAAGGAAUGUGAUUGAAUAUAUGUUACAAGUCAACAAGGACCCAGAUGAAGAAGUGGCCCUUGAAUCCUGUGAAUUUUGGUCGGCAUAUUGUGAUGCUCAAAUGCCACCAGAAAACUUGAGAGAAUAUUUGCCUCGUCUUAUUCCAAUAUUGUUGUCAAACAUGGCUUAUGCAGAUGAUGAUGAAUCACUUAUUGAAGCUGAGGAAGAGGGUUCUCAACCUGAUCGAGAUCAGGAUCUUAAACCUCGAUUUCAUGUAUCAAGGUUUCAUGGAUCAGAUGAAGUAGAAGAUGAUGAUGAUGAUGUUGUUAAUACUUGGAAUUUACGGAAAUGUAGUGCAGCUGCUCUAGAUAUUCUCUCGAACGUGUUUGGAGAUGAGAUCCUUCCCACUCUGAUGCCUAUUGUUGAGGCCAAGCUGUCAACUGUCGGAGAUGAUGGCUGGAAAGAAAGGGAAGCUGCUGUCUUGGCACUUGGUGCCAUAGGCGAGGGUUGCAUCAAUGGUCUUUAUCCUCAUCUGCCAGAGCGGGCAUUGGCAAUUAAUAAUUAUGUGUCCUAAGGACAAUGUUAUAGUUUGUCUUUGUUCAUUACACCGUAAGAUACCUGAGGCAGCGUGGAAUUUUUUUACAGAUGCUUUUAAAGUUCAUCAAUUGGCAUCUUUUGGUAAUAGAAAGAAGGCUACAUGGAUUUUUCCCAAA